AUGCAUCCUCCGCACAAGUCCACGGAAUUGGAGGCGAUGGACGUGGAGUUCCAUCCCCUCGACCAUGAUAUCCCACCGCCGCAGAAAGGCACACUGUUAGACGACCAUGACAUGCAACGGAUGGGGAAAAUCCAGGAACUCAAGGACGCGCGCGCGUCCGGGCCCAACUGCAGCUCGUCCUCCCCUCUGACAUUCCUGGAUCAGCGUAAUAUGCGACCGAUUGCUGCCUUGAGUUUUGCAUCGAUUUUGCAGGCAACGUGGGAGUUUAUCCUGAUCUCUAACAGCCAAGGGUUGGAAAAUGGCGGCCUUUCGGGCAUGUUCUGGUCGUACAUCUGGACCUUUCUGGGGUUCGGAUUCAUCAUCGCCUCUCUCUCCGAGAUGGCCUCCAUGGCACCGACAUCAGGCGGGCAGUAUCACUGGGUCUCGGAGUUUGCGUCGCCACGACAUCAAAAAUUCCUCAGCUACAUCACGGGCUGGAUGUCCGUGUUGGCUUGGCAAGCCGGAGCGGCCUCGGGAUCCUUUCUGACUGGGACCAUCAUUCAGGGUUUGAUCAGCGUAAGAGAUCCAGACUAUGUGCCCCAAAACUGGCAGGGGACGCUGUUUGUAUUUGCCAUGGUCUUGGUGAUCUACCUGGCCAAUGUCUAUGCCAGUGACCUGAUCCCCAUCUUGAGUAAUCUCCUCAUGAUUCUUCACGUUCUCUCGUGGGCAGUCGUCUUGAUUGUACUCUGGGCGAUGGCGCCUCACCAGUCGGCCAGCACGGUCUUUGUGACUGGGUGGAAAAACGGAGGUCAAUGGUCCAGCAUGGGAUUGAGUGUGAUGAUUGGGCAAAUCUCCGCCAUCUAUGGUUCUCUCAGUUCCGAUGCAUGUGCUCACAUGUCCGAAGAAGUCAAAGACGCCGGUCGAUACGUACCCGUGGCGAUUGCCUGGGGGUAUUUCAGCAACGGAAUCAUGGCGACCAUUCUGCUCGUCACUUUUCUCUUUUCGAUCCCCUCGGUUGAAGAUGCUUUGGAUGACAGUACGGGCUUCCCAUUCAUCUACGUCUUCAAGAAUGCCAUCUCCACACAAGGGGUCAAUGGAUUGACCUCGCUCGUGCUGCUGCCGGUCAUCUUCAGCAACAUCCUCUUCAACGCCUCCACGUCCCGCCAAACCUUUGCCUUUGCCCGCGACCGGGGGCUGCCCUUUUCCCGCUUUCUCAGCAAAGUCGAUCCGAAGCGACAAAUCCCCACCAACGCCAUCGCCGUGUCAUGCCUCGUCAGCUGUGCCCUGGCCCUGAUCAACAUCGGAUCGACCACCGCCUUCAAUGCGAUCAUCUCGUUGAACGUGGCGGCGCUCAUGUACACGUACAUCACGUCCAUCGGGUGCAUCAUCUACAAAAAGAUCCGGGACCCCGAGAGUCUGCCCGCGCGACAAUGGGACAUGGGCCGGUGGGGGUUGGGGGUCAAUCUCGUGGCGCUGGUCUACUCCUGCUUUGCGCUCUUCUGGUCACUCUGGCCCAGUGAGAGCAGUAUCACGGUGGACAACUUCAACUGGUCGGUGGUGAUCUUUGGUGGUGUCUUUGUGCUGAGUCUUUUCAUGUAUGCGGUCAAGGGGCGGUUCGAAUACGAUGGACCGGCGGUGAUUGUUCAGCGGUGA